UCCAGUCGAUAAAAAUCACAAAUGGUGGACAUGUUUCAACAUGAGUCACUACAGUGAACCACCAGUGAUUUCAUCCAGAAAGUUCUCCCCUUGUCGGCCUUUGUCAGCAUACAUUUGCUUUGGCAGCAAUCCUAAAACAGAGAACGACCUGUGUGUGACGCAGGAGUAGGGACGAUCAUAGUAUUUGACUUGGCUCUUUUCCUGUUUGUGGUACAAGUUAUAUACACCUCAUUCUGCUGAAGCUCUUCUUCUUUUCAAUACCUUUAUGUGCGCUGAUACUUCUUGCAUGUGCAUUUAUCACAGACAUGAAUCUCCUGCACAUAACUGUGGUUCUGGUUUUGCUGGUGGGUGUGUGGGCUCAGAUCAAUGUAAUGCAACCUGAGUGCGAUUCCCCUGAGGCAGAGGAGGCUGCUCUGGUGGCUCAGGAUUAUAUCAACGCCCAGCACACUCAUGGCUACAAGUAUGCUCUUAACAGGAUCGAGGAUAUCAAAAUCUAUAACACACCCAUGGGAGACGACACAUAUGUCCUGGAAGUUGACCUGCUGGAGACAGACUGUCAUGUACUGGAUCCUACACCUCUUGCCAACUGUACAGUCAGACCCAAAGUGCUGACGGCAGUAGAAGGAGACUGUGAUGUGGUGCUGAAGAGGGUUGGUGGAGUUCUGACUGUCACAGCAUUCAAAUGUCAAACAGAAGAAUCAACAGAGGACAUGUGUCUGGGCUGUCCGACCCUCCUUCUCCUAAAUAACACUGCAGCACUGGACUUUGUCCAUGCCUCUCUGGUUACUGUUAACAAUUUCACUGUAAAUGAGACUUACACUCUUCUAGAGGUUGGGCGAAUGACGUCACAGGUCCUGCUCGGUGGGCCGAUCUAUUCAGCAGAGUAUGUUAUAGUUGAGGCUAGUUGCGUCAAUGAUACCUGCGUACCCUUGAAUGAUGCCAUGGCUGCACGUGGUAUUUGUUUUGCGAAGGGUCUGACCACUGACCACGCAGUAGACUGCAGGAUGUUUGCUACUCUGAUGCCUGAUGCACAUGCUAACUUCACAGCAACUGCAGCUCCCCCUGUGCCACCAGUGGUCCAUGUACAUACAGGCAGCCUGUCACCCAAGCACAGUCUAAGAUUCCACAAACUGACAACUAUCCACAACCCUGAGAUGAACAGCUUUUUGUCUGCAGAAUCAGCAGAGUCAGCUGAAGUUGUACCUGUGGUCCCUGCAGUGGUUAAUGUAGAUGCAGUAGCAGCUACUGAUCCAACCACAGCUGCUGCUGAUCCUGCUGACGCUGAUCCUGCUGCUGCUGAUCCUGCUUCGGCCGAUCCUACUGCUGCUGAUCCUGCUCCGGCCGAUCCUACUGCUGCUGAUCCUGCUCCAGCUACUGCUGCUCCUAUUCCAGAUGCUGCUGAUCUUGUUCCAGCUGAUGACAGUACAUCUGCCUCAGAUGCUUUCAGGAGUAAGGAGCUCCCCCUUGUUUUUAAGAGAGAUAUCACUGCUGCAUCUGCCCAUGCAUCUCAAACUGAUCACAUUGUUCUCGUGCCAGUGUGCCCGGGAAGGGUCAGAUUCUUUUAAGUUGUCAUGUCCUAUAGACUCUCUAUUACUGCUUCCUUCAGCUACACUGUUACAGUACAGGUGUAACUUGUGACUUAAACUGAUACAUUGGCAUGUUCUGUGAAAGGAAGAUGUAACACUAGUAAGAUUUCAAACAACCUGUUAUUUAAAAUUGCAUCACGUAUGAGCAAUAUGCAUUGCAAAACAAAUGCUUAGGUUUUUGAAAAAAGUAUUGUAAAGACGAGCAUUUUGGUGCUGUUGAAUAAAUCAUAA